AUGAUUUUUGACAACCUCCUGCGUAGCGGCGCCAGCAAUUAUCUGCUGCGACCCCAGCAGGAUCACGGAGAGGAGACAUUUGAAGAAAGCGGCGGCGGCGGCGGCGGCAGCAGCAGCAGCAGUGAUGGUGGUCGAACUGGAUUGGCAUGUGGGUCAACGCCUGCAACCGGACGGUGGACGAAGAAGGAGCACGCCGAUUUUCUCGUUGGACUAGAGGCCUGCGGGAAGGAUUGGAUGGAGAUCUCGUGUCACUUCGUCUUCUCCCGAACGGCAACACAGAUCCGCACGCACGCCCAGAAGUACUUCACGAAGGUCAACCGAGGGCAGUCCUUUCCCGAGCAGCCGUACGAGAGUGUCCCGGGCAAGAGGAACACCUGCGAUGACCGUUCCGGGUCUCCUGGCGAUGAAAGGCACUGUCUGAACAGGCCUACCCGCAGCAGCAGCAGGAGCAGCGUCUGCAACAGCCACUCUUCCUCCGGGGAAAGCGUUGAUCUUUCAUCCAGAACCAGGUCCGGCGUUGCUAAAAGGAAGCACGCGGCGCUCGCGCAAGAGGAGCAGCGCCGAAAAGAGCAUGAUGAGGACCAGCAGCACCAGGAGCGGCCGCACCAGGAGCUGCAGCAUCAUGAGGAUCAGCAUCAUGAGGAUCGGCAACAUGAGGAGCCGGAGCUUCAGGAGCAGCAGGAUCAGGAGCAGGGGCAGGAGCAGCAGGAUGAUCCGCGGAAGCAAAGCCGGCCGCCAGGCGUCGAGUGGCCCGCCCCUCUCCACGACGGCGGUGGGAUGAUGGCACGGUUCAAGGAACCGCGGGACGCACGACAUGAGGACUUCGGCGACGAAUGCGAGCAGGCCUUCUUCACUGUCCCGGACGUCGCGGAGUGCAACUUCGGUUCCAGCCCGCUGUCAAGCUUCCUGGAAGAUACACCGGGGGCGGAGUACUUCGGAGUUCCGCCGACAGAUCGGCAUGGUGCUGCCCCUGCUAUCGCUGCUGCUGCUGCUGCCGGUGAUACCGCGGGCGGACCUGGCAGCAGGCAUGGUGGAAGCGGCGGCGAUGGUGAGGAGUUGGACUCGACGCUCGCGGAAAGUCGCUUGGGGGGGGGCGGGGGGUGGCAUGACUGGUAUCCCACCGAGGGGUGGGUGGACAAGCAGCAGGCGGCCACGCAAAGCGAAUGGCCAGGAUAA